AUGGUUUCCAAACCUUCCAACAUCGACCAGCAGGCCGCCCUGUGCAACAUCCUGGCCGGCUUUGGCGGCCAGGGCGGUGGCGAGUCCACCAUCCAGGACAUUGGCGACAAACACACGGCCAAGUUCAUUCUCCCUUCGCAACAACGCAAGGCUGCCCGUCGCGCCGCCCAGCAGGCCCAGCAGAGCGAGUCCGAGUCGCUGGCCAGCUACGACUCGUCCGUGUGCGGCAGCUACGGCUCGGAAUGCUCCGAAUACCCCGAGAUGCCGUCAAUCGAAUCGCUCGACCUGUCGCAUGGCCUGACGCAGCAAAUGGCCCAGGUCGACUCGCCCCAGCAGUCCAACGGCAUUUCGAUUCCGCGCAAGCAGGUCCCGCGCACCGGAACCGGCCUCAGCACCACGCCCGAAGGCCACACCAGCAGAGGCAUGGCCGAGCGCCCGCGCCGCAUCGAGCAGCUGCGCCGCUUCCUCAUCUGGCGCCUGUGCUGCGACUACAACCACGACCCGACCGUCGAGCACCUCGGCUUCAAGAAGUUCUGGGACAUUCGGCGAUUCGACCGCCUGGCCAGCAUCCAGAGCAAGGCGCUCAAUGGCCGCACGUACGAGCGCACCCUGGCCGAGGCCUACGUCCGCCGCCACAUCACCAUCCCCGCCGCCGAGCUGGGCGUGCCCGAGGCGACGGUGCGCGCCAUGCUGCUCCGCCAUCGCAGCACGCACCACCGCUUCGAGGCGGCCGCCCUCAGCCUCGACAACUUCGACAUGACCGACUUCCCCGCGCUGGCCGAGAAGCUGUGGACGGACCGGACGAUUCUGUUCUCGGCGCUCGACGUUCCGGAGCCGCUGCGCCAGGAGCUCGAGUCGGCCAACGCGCACCUCGCGUGGCAGUACUUCAAGAAGCUGCGCGGCCCCACCGACUUUGAGCUCUCGGAGAAGGCCCUCGCCCUGCAGCAGCACAUUGUCGUGCUCGACCAGGGCUCGUUUGUCUACUCGAACCGCCGCCCGUGGACCGCGACGUCGGAGCCGUCGGACGCGUCGUCGCGCCCUCACUCGCUGCACUCGGACGUGUCGACCGUCGACGAGGUCCCCGAGGAGGAUCCCUCGGACGACCUGCCCGCCAUGGACGGCCUGCACGAGUCCGCCUACACGAUGAAGCGCGAUCACCGCGUCGAUUCGGGGCUGGCGCCGGCGGCGUAA